AUGUCAUUACGGAAGGUAUGCAAAAGCGUAUCACAGGCACUGCCUGCAACAGUAGCUUGGUCAUUAAUAAUUGUUUGCACGGCAUGCUUUUUUUAUCUGCUCGCACCGGCUAUAAUUUUACAAUUCUCGACAUGGGGCUAUGUUACUUGUGCUCUCGAUGCUAUUUUGUUUCUCUUCGUUAUGUCCAACUUAUUUAUGGCAACCACUAUGGAUCCUGGAGUUCACCCUCUCGCAAGUGCUGCGGAAGAAACACAGUUAGACGACUUUCGUUCACCGCUUUAUAAAAACGUAGAAAUCAACGGUAUCACGGUCCGUAUGAAAUGGUGUGUUACAUGUAAAUUCUAUCGACCACCGAGAGCAUCACAUUGCUCCGUCUGCAAUCGAUGCAUAGAUGCUUUCGAUCAUCAUUGUCCAUGGGUGCACAACUGCGUUGGUCGACGCAACUAUCGUUACUUCUUCUUAUUUUUAUUUUUUCUUAGUCUACAUAUGAUUUGUGUUUUCUCGUUGGCGCUGAGUUACACAGUUCUGAAUAGGACAGAUUUGCUAACAAGGCCAAAUAUGUGUUCAAUUGUUCUGAUGGCACUCUGUGUGUUAUUGGCGGUACCUGUCGUCGGCUUAACCGGCUUCCAUGUUGUUUUAGUUGUUCGUGGCCGCACAACCAAUGAACAGGUAACGGGGAAGUUUCGAUCGGGAUAUAAUCCAUUUACAAUUGGUUGUUGGGGCAAUGUUCGCCGUACUCUGUGUGCAAGUCAAUAUCCUUCCUUCGAGAAGGUGUUAGCAAAGAAAAGUCGAAAAGAUGAAAAAGGUUCUAAAGAUGGGAUACCAUCUGUGGUAUAUGUCCCUGACAAAAAUUCUUUCUCUAAAGGAAGUGGACUUAUCAGAAUGCGACAAGUACCAGAAGAUGACCAGUCUGUUGGCACUGCAAUUUCCAUGGGCCAAUCCUUUCAUAAAGAUUUUCCGGAGAAAGGAUCGAAGUGUAAUUUAUUUGACGAGCAGGAGAAUAAAAGUUUGCACCGACAAAGCGCUAUAUAUCAUGCAGCUGUGGAGGAAUCGAUGCGUUCAGCUCACAGUAUGAUUACAACGCAGUGCAGCAAGGACGACAGUAAAACGUCCCCAGUUGCCAUUAAUGAAAAGGAAUCAGUUCUAUUGCAGGCUGCUCCAAGUGACUUUGAAGUGAUUCGUUCGGAAAGUGUAUUUGCUAAUGUUAAUUCAGAUCCCGCUUGUGGUUUUCGAUUUGUCGAGAAUGGUGGGCAACUGGCCGAUAAUUCGAGACCUCUGAAGUUCACUGAUGCAGUGCGUAUUCAUGAAAGUCUCAAUGCCCACAAUGUAAAUUCAUAA